AUGGCAAUGAGAAGAGUCUCACUGUGGGAUGAUGCUGCUAUUGAUAAACACAUACAUGUGGACAGAAAGCCCAGCACAAGAAUUAAGUUCACUGCAGAGGACUCCUUCAGUGGGAAGACCAACAUGCUAGACAUGAGCGUCUCCAUGAAGGCCAGCUACCUGGGGGGGCUGAUAGAGGUGGAGGGGUCAGCCAGUUACCUGAAGAACAGAGUGUCCUCCACAAAGCAAUGCAGGAUGACAAUGAAGUAUGAAGCGGAAACUGAGUACAAGCAUGUGCAUAUUAAUGAGCUGGGACCAGUGACGUACCCCCAGGUGUUUGAACAGCAGGGCGCCACACACAUGGUCAUAGGAGUGACAUAUGGAGCCAAGGCCUUCAUGGUCUUUGAUCGGAUGACUUCAGAUGAGGAAGAAAAACAAGAAAUUCAGGCACAACUGAAUGUGAUGAUUAAGAAGAUCCCUAAAAUGGAGAUCAGUGGUGAAGGAAAAGUGUCCCUGGCAGAUGAGGAGAAGAAGAAAGUGGAGGGGUUCAGCUGCACAUUCUAUGGAGAUUUCAUGCUGAAAUACAACCCCUCCACUUAUGAGGAAGCUGUGCAGGUGUACAAAGAGCUCCCGAAGCUGGUGGGGGAGAAGGGGGGGAACGCAGUGCCUGUGAAAGUGCAUCUGUAUCCUCUGACGAACCUGAACCCCAAAGCAGCCAAGCUGGUGAGAGAGAUCAGAGUGACGCUGGUGUCAGAUGCGGAGAAUGUGUUGCAGGAACUUCUUGAGGCCAAAAUUAGAGCUAAUGACCUGAUUGUUCAGUUGACUACCAUCAAAGUUGACUACAUAGAGGAAAAACUGACAAAAUUCCAGGACGAAUUGGAUGAUUACACCACCACACUCAGGCAGAAUCUGGGCAAGAUUCUGUCAGCCAUCCGAGCAGGUACGGAGGAGGAGCAGACGCUUCUCAAAAUCCUGAAAUUCCAUGAAGAGUCGUUCUUCAGCCAGAGAGAGAUGAAAAAAUGGCUGGAUGAGAAAGAUACUGAAAUACAAGUGCUGACAACCCACAUCAAUCCUCUUUGCAAAAGACCUGAAGUUUCCAUUCAACCUCCAGGCCCUAAGCUCGACACUUUCAUCUUAAAUUCACGAAUUGAUUGGCUGUAUGUGCUGAACUUCACCUCACUGAAGUAUGAGGAGCCCUACCUCUCCACCCUGUCUGAGUGCCUGUCCAUGGCAGAGUUCAGGAAUAUGGAGAACAUCUCUGUAGCUCAUCACCACAGCAUCAAAGAGGAGGGCCUACCGUGGUACAAAGACCCCAGGUUCACUGAGAGAAUUAGAAGCGUCUUGGAUGAGUUUGAGUCUUACAUAGGGUCCUACAAACACAUCAUCAGCUACAAGCCAGACCCCGAGUACCAAGGAGCCUGUUUUUAUCUGUACAAUUACGGGAAAUUGUACAGUUGUAAGUGA